GGAUUUGACCAGUUCCUCAUGAUAAGACUGUGAGCCACAAUUCUUCCAUUCCACAUCCCCCCCCACCCUCUCUUGACCCCUUUGCAGAAACUACUUAAAGCUCCUGUCUUCGGACCCUGAGCUCAGAUCAGCCCAAGCUGCUGCUGCGAAAGAUCCCCAGAAGUCCAGUUACUUGUUCAUUGAAUUUGUGACAUUGCAGAGUGACAAGGGAGUGUCUGUCUAACUGUGGCAAGAUAAAUACCACAAGACAUCAAAAUGAGACUGUCAAUUGCGUUCGUUCUCCUCUGCCUGUCUCUGUGUCAAGCAAAAAACAUUUCUUCAGAUAUUGGAGGAAUUCUUGAAGGAAGCUGGUCAAGUGAAGAAAAUCUGCUGCUUACUUUUAACCAAAGAAAUAACUCUUUGAGUGCUACAUUAACUAUUUCAUGUAGCCGUGGAUACAAUUUUACAGGUAACAUUACCAACAGCAAUACAUUUCAUCUGUAUGGAGCAUUCAACACCACGGCCAUAGCUGUCACAGGACAACUCUAUAAGACAAACCAAAAUAAUAAGAUCUUGAAGAUUACACUGUUGAAGUACGAUUAUGCAAACUGCACUAAUUAUACCCCAACAAAAAUUUCUUUCCAUGAACUGAAACCAAGCCAGAACAUUUCUAAUAGCUCAGCCACCCAGUCAUAUUAUAACUGGUAUAAUUACCUAGCCGAUAACUGGUCGCUUGAGAAUUUCAAACAAGAAGAUGCCAACUGUAGCCUGGAAGGUACUUGGUAUAAUGAUCUCGGUUCUACAAUGGUCAUAAAACAAAAUGAGGAUGGUUUACUGGAAGGUCAAUUCCGCACUGCUGUUGAACGUGUCAAUGGUUCAUCUGGGGGUUUUAAAGCCAAUGUUCAUGGUGCUAUCAGCCCUUAUUCUGUCUUCAGUUUUGGUAUUGUUUGGAAUGAAGGAACUUCAAUUUCCUCCUUUGUUGGUCAGUGUAUCCCCUCAUCAAACAAUGCCACCUUCUUGAAAACUCAGUGGACAAUGCUUGUGGGACAGGAGACCUUUGAUACCAGCUGGAAAGCUUUUUACAAUGGAAUGAACAAUUUCUACAGAGAUACUGAAGGAAGUUUCGCAAGUGUCUGGUUGAGUGAGGAAGGUAUCGGAAUCGAAUUCAAAGAACCUAAUAAUGCACUGUCGGCUGAAGUUGUCUUUCCGUGUGGACGACAAUACAGCGUUAAAGGUGCCAUGACCAACAACAACACAUUGUACCUGUAUGGAGCAAACCAGAGCACUGCCAUUGGAGUAACAGGACUUUUCUUCAAGACAAAGAUCGGUCAACUCUUGAAGAUUACACUGGUCAAGUAUGAUUAUGCCAAUUGCACUGAAUAUACUCCAACAAAACUAUCUUCACAUGAACUGAAACCAACUCAGACACUUUCUUACAACCCUGACCUCUGGAUGUACCAUAACUAUGAUGAUUAUAUGGCUGCAUUCUGGGACUUCCGAGCUUAUAGUCAAGCACCCUGGUGUAAUCUGAAUGGAACUUGGUACAAUGAACUGGGCUCUUCAAUGUUUAUAAGACAAACUGAAAAUGGUUUGUUGGAAGGUCAAUAUAACACUGCUGUCGAACGUAACAAUGGUACCUCUGGAGGAGGUAAAGCAGAUCUUCAUGGUACCAUCAGUUACUCAGUCUUUAGUUUUGGUGUUGUUUGGAAUGAAGGAACUUCCAUUACUGUCUUCAGUGGUCAGUGUAUCCCUUCAUCAAACAAUGGCAUUGUGUUGAAAGCCCACUGGUCAUUGGUUGCAGCUCAAAGAUCUGUUAAGACCAGCUGGAGUGCAUUUUACACAGGAAUGGACAAUUUCUACAAAGAUUCUAAAGAGGAAUAAAACAGAAGAACUACAAGCCUCUCAGAGAAAUUUCCUUAUUAUUCUUUCAGCAUUUGUUUAAUUUGAAAUUUAAAUGUUCAUUAAUUACACCUUCUGUUAAUUAAAGCUGAAAUUAGCAAACACCUC